GCAGGCUCCACGCCCAGCACAGAGCCCAACAUGGAGCUCGAUCUCAUGACCCUGAGAUUGUGACCUGAGCCGAAAUCAAGAGUCGGACGCUUUACCUACUGAGCCACCCAGGUGCGCCCCCUUUAUCCCAUUUUAUUAUUACCAUAAUAUAAUCUGAAUUUAUCAACUUGUUCAUCUUUAUUUUAAAGAGGAAAUUUACGAAUAAAAUAGGGACAAAAAUUUCAGAAAACUGCCAAGAUGAUCCGAUACUGAGCCUACUACACACUAGCUUUUGCGUUUUUAGGAGUUGUGUGAUCUUUGUGAUUCUUUUAAAGAGGAGUGGAACAGCGUACUGUGGAGUACAUGGCAUUGGAGGGGUCCCGGACGAUGUCUGGGGGCAAGACGUGGGAUUGGCGGUCUGUAGGAACUCGUCAGCCUCUCAUGAGGACAAGGGGGGGAGCCUGGGAACUUAGACCUGACCGUCCGGCUCUUCCCGUUGUGGGUUCUGCUUCCUGAGAUGAUCUGACAGGGCAGAACAAUCCUCUCCCAAAUCACCCUGAGAGCAAUCGUCGCGAUGUCAAAUUCUGUCCCCUCUGCCUUCCUAGAUUUUGAAGGAAACCGUGUGGUUGGGGCGAGGACGCUCUGAAAACCGAUGGCCACCUGCCAGGAGAAUGGCUUCUCUAGAAUGGACGCUGUGCAGCUAGGGUGACAGCUUCCUCACUGUCAUGAAAAUGAUGAUAUGAUAUGAUUCUGCCCAUGACAGGGCAGUGGCGCAGGGCUGGUGGCCCCGGGAUCCCUGGGGAGCGUCUCCUUCAGUUGCAUCUGCUGCUGCGGGGGCAGCAUCCCCCUGCGGCUUGUGUCCUCACCUCACUGGAGGGGCUGGCUGCUGCUGUGCUUGGCAGGGCCAGUGGGACACGUACCCAAGACCCGCGUGCCUCCGCCGGGCUCGCCGGCUGUCUGCAGGCGGGGCCGUUGGAAACGAAACAAGGCCGCCCUGUGUCGAUGGGGCCACAGGAGUGGAGCCCUGCUUUCAUCAGACACACAGACCUAAGAGCAUCACGGGACACGUUUGGGGGUUGGUGCCGCCAGCUCCGUCAGAACCGCCUCCUUUCUCUUCGCUGCCUGAGCUAGUCUGUGCUGGAGGCAUGACAGAGCACCUGUCUGCAGACUUCUCAUCUCCUUAUUGCCUGGGGAUCAGGCUGGAACCUCGUGUUUCCUGAAUGGGACAGAGAUACCGCUCCCCGCUGAGAACGCUGACCUUGAUGCUGUCAUGGCUGUAAUUUCCUCACAGGGGGCAGAGGGAGGUCCGUGUCUGGCAGAAGCUUGUGUGUCUGCAUCGCCCAAGAGCCUCCAGGAAAGCUGUUCUAAUCAUCGGUGAGCCAGGCCCCUCUCGAAGCUGACGCAAGCUACAGAUCAUCUCCCCGGAAAAUUACACGGAAAGCCCUCAGUGCGAAGUCGGCGGAGUCCCACGGUCCCGAGCCCCUCUGCAGGCUCCGGGUUGAGUAGCCCGGGCUCAACCUGCCCACAAGUGACUCCUGGGGGCCUUCUGUGACGGGAGCCUAGGAAGCUCUGCAUUUCAGGCCACGUCAAGUUCGCCUGCUCAGUCUGGGUCUGGUCCCUGUGGGAUCCUCGUCUGCUUGGACCAGUGCAACAAUCACCGCACACGGGGCAGCUUCAACCGCAGAAGCGUGUUCCUCACAGUUCUGAGGGCCGGGAAGUCCAGUUCGGGGUGAGGCCCUCCUGCCUUCUCACUGUGUCCUCACAGGAAGGGGGACGCACAGGGGGUGGGAGGAAGCAAGCUCCCUGGGGCCUCCUGCUUGUUUCUUGGGAGAACCCUGGCCAGUACAGUGGGCAGGAAGACCUCAGAAGCGACCCUGAGAAGAGGCAUCACCGAAAUGAGUCCUGAUAAAUGUGUAAGAGAAGAGCUGGGCCCGUACCUUCUUGCAUCUGCUGGAUUAACCUGGAGUGUUCUUCAGAGCUUCCAAGAUGGCAUUCCCUCUCCCCGGCAACUGUAUGAUGCCAUGGCCUCGUGUCAGCCAAGUCCACUCACACCUGGAAGGCACUUGCCCAUUCACAGCUGGUAGCAUUAUAGGGUAGUGCUGUGCCCCCGGGACGUGGACGCGAAGUUUCUGAGCUUUGCAGGCCACCUUCGGAGCGGUGUCGGUGCAGGAAAAGGAUGGGCUCCGGUGGUCCGUCCUUAGCACAGGCCGAGCAUCCUUGAUGAUGGCACCCCGGCCUGCCUUGAGGUGCACCCCAAACUGGGCGCUGUGCAGGCCCCACGGGGUGUCCCUGGAGACUGGAGGAGGCACCUCGAUGAAACUCAGGUGCCCCGGAGAGCCUCUGGAAACCGCAGUUAGAGUGGUGUGCCGAGGAGGCUGGGUGACUUCUUGUUGACCCUGGGUUGAAACAGAAGUGAGCAGUUAGUGCACGUCACGCGCUAUUUCUCAGAGGCAAACAGUCAGUUUCCGGGGAGCGGAGCCCAAACCGCAGAUAAACAGCCUUCGUGCGUUCGUGGGAAAACCUCAGCUCUGCUCUGAAGACACUCAGCUGAUUGGAUGAGGCCUGCCCAGACGUCCCAGCACAAUCUCCCCACUCAAAGCCGGCGGAUGGGGACUUUAUCACAGCUACAAAAUGCCUUCCCAGCAGCACCCAGGCAGGGACGUGUCUGGGGCAGGGGACAUCAGAGGCCUGGGAAGUCUCUGCGUGGCCGGAGGAGGAGUGUGGGCAGGCCUGGAGGAAGAAAGCAGCAGAGGGACCAGGGGGAGGAGCAAACGACCACCGUGAAGGCAGAUGCUCAGCCGCCAGUCCCCACCCCCACCACGCUCAAUAGGAGGAAGGAGACCGGUCAACUCCGCGGGAGCUAGUGCAGAAGGAGACAGGUGAGUCCCAGAGACUUAACACAGUGUAGACAAUCCUGGACGUCACCGGUCUUGUUGUGAUUAGUGGGGCGUUAACAACAGUAAUGUGCUCAUUGGCAUGGCUUCUCCUGGACUGAGUGUUCAACUGUGAAAGAAAAGAACAAAAUUAAGGAAUGGGCACAAAAGGCUCGACAUAGAGAUUUCAUUGUCCUUUGUAGCGUUUGGGGUGAAGAACAGUUGCAUGAGAACAUGUGACUUAUGGUUCCACUUGACGGUACAUAAAGUGGAGACGGGUGGUGAUGAUGGGUAAGACCCGUUCCCGACCCAGGACUGUUCGAAGCCUCACAGAUAUUCACUCUUCACCCUCCCGGCCUUCCUCUGAGGGGGCUGCUGCUGUCAUCCCCCGUUUCAGAGUGAGGUGUUGAGCGGCUGACUUUGCCAGGGUUGUUGCAAACCCUGGCGAUGGGCUCCACAUCUGGGCCCCCACCCCUCCGCCUCUCAGAAGCACUCUGCAUCCCUCUCGGCAAGUUGGGGGAGGCCGUCCCGGGUGCGGGGGCAGAGCCCCAGCAGCCCAGGACCUCAGAGGACUGUUCCAUCCAUUCCCGGGGAAGCUCCAGCUCAACCUCUCAGAGGUGGCGUGUCCGGGACGGCACCAGCGCCCAGGCUAGGCUCCCUGCGCCUGCGGCACGAAGCUGAACCAGAGAGCCUCCUGCCAGUUUUCCCCUGGCAGCCUGAGACCAAACCAUUAGGAUGGAAGUCCCCCGCCCCCGAGAUCUCUCAACUGAAGAAGGGAGCAGAUGGAUUCUCAGAACCAUAGUAGGUUCUCUUCCCCACAAGGCCGGGAUGAGGCUGGGGCCAAGGUCCCGAGGAGAAGGUUCUAGAACUCCCAGGUGCCGACGAGGCCUGCAGAAGUUCCACGGCAGUUGGGGCCACUCCUGGAAAGAGAGCCAUUUCCUUUCUGGUCUUGGAAAGAGCUGUCUGUCCGUUGGCCCUGCCUUCGACUUGAGAAGACAUCUGCUCAGCUGGACAGAGGUUUCGAGUGGUUCCAGAGACGGCUGGGGAGUGAGCCCCCGGCACACGGUGCGGCGUCAGCGUCUCCGUGUGUGACCGUGCCGUAAGGAAGUGCCACGAUGACCAUCACGCCGGACGUCAGGCUGGAGUAUUUGGAGGGAGUAGCUUCCCUCGUUCUAAAGUUCAAGCCAGACAAGUGGAGCAAGUUGAUCGGGGCCGAGGAGAACAUGGCCUUAUUCACCGAGUUCUUCGAGAAGCCGGACGUCCUGGUUCUGGUGUUGACGCUCAAUCCCGCCGGCAUGAUCGUCCCCUGCCUGGGCUUCCCCGCCUCCCUCAAGUCCAAAGGCAUUUACUUCAUCAAGAAGGGACCGGAGAACAUCAGCAAGGACAACUACAAGGACCGCCUCAUCUCCGGGGACAUAAGCCCCACGCCCGUGGACCAGCUGAUCGCUGUUGUGGAGGAGGUCAUCUACUCUCUAUUAAACCAAAGUGAAAACUUGAGCGGCUGGCCCCGGGUGGUCUCGGAAGACAUUGUGAAGCAAGUCCACAAGCUGAAGAAUGAGAUGUUUGUGAUGGGUGGCAAGAUCAAAGGGAAGACCCUGCUGCCCAUCCCGGAGCACCUGGGGAGUCUGGACGGCACGCUGGAGUCCAUGGAGAGGAUCCCCCCUUCUCUGGACAACUCGCUGCUGCACGCCAUCGAAACCAUCAUCAUCGACUGGUCCCACCAGAUCCGGGACUUGCUGAGCAAGGACUCGGCCCAGCCCCUGCUGGACGGGCUACACCCCCUGCCCCGAGUCGAGUUCGAGUUCUGGGACGCCCGGCUGGCGAAUCUCAAGUGCAUCCACGAGCAGCUCAACAGGCCCAAAGUGAACAAAAUAGUUGAGAUCCUGGAAAAAGCCAAAAGCUGCUACUGGCCAGCCCUGCAGAAUGUGUACAUGAACGUCACGGAAGGGCUGAAGGAGGCCGAGGACGUUGUUCUGCAUUUGAAGCCUCUGCGGAUCCUGCUGGAGGAGAUGGAGCAGGCCGACUUCACGAUGCUCCCAACCUUCAUCGCGAAGGCGCUGUGCGCCAUCAGCUUCAUCUGGGCCACGUCCGAGCACUACAACACCCCCUCCAGGAUCAUCGUCUUCCUGCAGGAGUUCUGCAACCAAAUCAUCGAGAUGACGCGCACUUUCCUGAGCCCCGAGGAGGUGCUGAAAGGCUUGCAGGGAGAGACGGAGGAGGUUCGGAGUGGCAUCUCUCUGUCCGUGCACGUUCUGAAGGAGCUUUACCGCACCUACGACUUCUGCUGUGCAAACAUGAAGCUUUACUUUAAGGACAAGGAGCCAGUGCCCUGGGAAUUCCCCUCUUCUCUGGCAUUUUCCAGGAUGAACUCCUUCUUCCGUCGCAUCCAGACCAUUGAGGAUCUUUAUAAAACGGCGAUUGAGUUUCUGAAGCUGGAGAAGAUCGAGCUCGGGGGCGUGCGGGGGAGCAGCCUCAGCAGCACGGUCACACAGAUCUACGACGAGGUCUUCGAGCUGGUGAAGGUCUUUGCCGAAUGCAAAUAUGACCCCUUAGACCCCGGAGAUUCGAGUUUUGAUGACGAUUACGCUGAUUUUGAGACCAAAAUUCAAGAUCUGGAUAGGCGGCUGGCCACAAUCUUCUGCCAAGCGUUUGACGACUGUACCUCCAUCGAGUCCUGUGCAAAGCUCCUGCACAUGUGUGGGGGCCUCCUGGAGCGGCCCCUGAUCCUUGCCGAGGUGGUACCCAGGUACUCGGUCAUGCUGGAGCUGUUUGAUGCCGAGCUGGACAGCACCAAGACCUUGUAUGACAUGCAGCUCGCAGCCUCUGCAGACGGGAAGAUCCCCCCAAUCCACAAGAACAUGCCCCCCGUGGCAGGGCAGCUCAAGUGGAGCCUGGAGCUGCAGGAGAGGCUGGAGGCGCCCAGGCGGGACCUGAUGCACAUAGAGCACCCGGUCAUGUCCAGCUCGGAGGCCAAGCUGAUCUACCAGAAGUACGAUGAGAUGAUGGAGCUGCUCAGGGGCUACCGUGAGAAGAUCUACCGGCAGUGGGUGGCCGGCGUGGACCAGGACUGCCACUUCAACCUGGGGCAGCCCCUGAUACAGCGAGACCCCGUCACCAACCUCAUCCAAGUCAACUUCAGCAAAGCGCUGGUGGCAGUUCUGAGAGAAGUCAAGUACUUGGGCUUCCAGCAACAGAAAGAGAUUCCAAGCAGUGCUGAGAAUCUGUUCUCACAGCAUGAAACCUUCCGGAAGUUUGUGGGCAACUUAGAACUCAUCGUUGGCUGGUACAAUGAGAUAAAGACCACGGUGAAGGACGUAGAGACCCCUCUAAUAAAGUCGGAACUGGAAGCGAUCGACGUCAGGCUAUCGAGCGCCGAAACCACACUCUUCUGGAAUAGCGAAGGUGUGUUAGAAUACAUUCAAGAGAUGCGAGAAAUUCUCCAUAACUUGCAGAACAGGAUACAAAAAGCAAAGCAGAAUAUAGAUGCGAUUUCUCAGGCCAUGAAGGACUGGUCGGCCAACCCGAUGUUUGAGAGGAAGGACAAUAAGAAGGAGGCCCUGCUGGAUUUGGACGGAAGGGUGGUCAAUCUCAACAGACGCUACACCAUGGUCAAGGAGGCCGGCCUGAAGAUCCAAGCCAUGGUCGCGGAAAACGCUGAACUGUUCAGAGCAGAUACGAUGAGCCAGUCCUGGAAAGACUACGUCAACUAUGUUGACAACAUGGUCCUGGACGAAUUUGACCAUUUCAUCCGCAAAUCUCUGAAUUACUUCAUAGACAACAUGGUUGUGGAUGAGAGCGUGGCGCCACUGUUUGAGGUCCGCAUGGAGCUGGACGAGGACGGGCUGGUCUUCCAUCCGUCCCUGGAGAUGGGCACGGACCACGGCUUCCUGACGCUGAUCGAGGGCCUGAUCAAUGACAUCUACAACACAGCCAAGCUCAUCCCCCGGCUGGCCAAGGGCCACAUGAGCUACAAGGCAGACCUGGAAGACAUGACGGACCUCAUAGAGAUGAGGGAGGAGAUGUCCAACCUGGUCAUCAGCGCCAUGAAGGAGGCCGAGGAGUACCAGGACUCCUUCGAGAGGUACUCCUACCUCUGGACGGACGACCCCCAGGAGUUCAUGAAGAACUUCCUGAUAUACGGGCGCGCGGUCACCCCAGAGGACUUGGACACCCGGGCCGAAGAGACCCUCUCCAAGACGCCGCCCAGCCUCACCCAGUUCCAGCAGCAGAUCAAUUCCUACGAGAAGCUGUACGAGGAGGUGUCCAAGCGCGAGAGCAUCAAGGUGUUCAACGGCUGGCUCCAGUGUGACUGCCGCCCCUUCAGGCAGGCCCUGCUGAACAGCAUCAAGCGCUGGAGCUUAAUGUUCAAGCGACACCUGAGCGACCACGUCAUCACCAGCCUGGCUGACCUAGAAGCCUUCAUGAAAGUCGCCAGGACGGGCUUAACCAAGACCCUCAAGGAGGGAGAUUACGAUGGUCUCGUGGAGGUGAUGGGUCAUCUGAUGAAGGUCAAGGAGAGGCAGGUGGCCACCGACAACAUGUUUGAGCCCCUGAAGCAAACCAUCGAGCUGCUCAAGACCUACGGGGAGGAGAUACCGGAGGAGACACACGCGAAGCUGCAGGAGCUGCCGGAGCAGUGGGCCAACACCAAGAAGCUGGCCGUCCAGGUGAAGCAGAACGUGGCGCCCCUCCAGGCCAACGAGGUCACCAUCCUGCGGCGGAAGUGCCAGCAAUUUGAGCUCAAGCAGCAGGAGUUCAGAGAGAAGUUCCGGCGAGAAGCCCCGUUCAGCUUCACUGACCCCGACCCCUACAAGUCCCUGAAUAAGCAACGAAAGAGUAUCGCAUCCAUGGAGAGCACCAUGGAGGCCCUGUGCAAGUCCGGGAGCCUGUUCGAAGUCACGGUCCCAGACUACAAGCAGCUUAAAGCCUGUCACAAAGAGGUCCGCCUGCUGAAGGAGCUCUGGGACAUGAUCGUCAUGGUGAACACCAGCAUCGACAACUGGAAGACCACCAAGUGGAAAGAUAUCAACGUUGAGCAGAUGGACAUCGACUGUAAGAAGUUUGCCAAAGAUGUGCGGUCUCUGGACAAGGAGACGAAGAGCUGGGACGCGUUCGUGGGGCUGGACAACACCGUGAAGAGCAUGAUCGCGUCCCUGCGCGCCGCGAGCGAGCUGCAGAACCCCGCCAUCCGGGACCGCCACUGGCAGCAGCUCAUGCAGGCCACCCAGGUGAAAUUUGAAAUGUCAGAUGAGACCACCCUGGCAGACCUACUGCAGCUGAACCUUCACAAAUGCGAGGACGAGGUCCGGAAUAUCGUUGACAAGGCUGUGAAAGAGUCUGCGAUGGAAAAGGUGUUGAAAGCCCUGGAUGCCACGUGGUCCACCAUGGAGUUCGAGCACAAGCCACACCCACGCACGGGCACCAUGAUGCUCGAGUUGGACGAGAUGCUGGUGGAGACCCUGGAAGACAACCAGGUGCAGCUGCAGAACCUGAUGGCGUCCAAGCACCUGUCCCACUUCCUGAAGGAGGUGACGAGCUGGCAGCAGAAGCUGUCCACGGCGGACUCCGUCAUCUCCAUCUGGUUUGAGGUCCAGAGGACCUGGAGCCACCUGGAGAGCAUCUUCAUCGGUUCUGAGGACAUUCGCGCCCAGCUGCCGGAGGACUCCAGACGCUUUGAUGACAUUGACAUGGAGUUCAAGGCCCUGAUGGAAGAGGCGGUGAAAACACCCAACGUGGUAGAGGCCACCAACCAGCCUGGUCUCUACGACAAACUGGAGAAUCUGAAGAAGAGCUUGGCUGUGUGCGAAAAGGCGUUGGCGGAAUAUUUAGAGACAAAAAGACUGGCUUUCCCAAGGUUCUACUUUGUCUCGUCGGCCGACCUCCUGGACAUCCUCUCCAACGGAAAUGACCCCGUGGAGGUGAGCCGCCACCUGGCCAAGCUCUUCGACAGCCUGUGUAAACUCAAGUUUCGCCUCGACGCUGACGAGAAGCCUCUCAAGUUGGGCCUGGGGAUGUUCAGCAAGGAGGACGAGUACGUGGACUUCGACCAGGAGUGUGACCUCUCGGGGCAGGUAGAAGUGUGGCUGAACCGGGUGCUGGACCGCAUGUGUGCUACUCUGCGACACGAAAUUCCAGAAGCCGUGGUAACUUAUGAGGAAAAGCCGAGGGAGCAGUGGAUCUUCGAUUAUCCGGCCCAGAUUGCGCUCACGUGCACGCAGAUCUGGUGGACCACCGAGGUGGGCCUGGCGUUCGCGAGGCUGGAGGAAGGCUAUGAAAACGCCAUCAAAGAUUACAACAAAAAGCAGAUCGGUCAGCUGAACGCGCUCAUCACGCUGCUCAUCGGAAGCCUCAGCGCGGGCGACAGGAUGAAGGUCAUGACCGUCUGCACCAUCGACGUGCACGCCCGGGACGUGGUCGCCAAAAUGAUCGCCGCCAAGGUGGAGAGCUCCCAGGCCUUCACCUGGCAGUCCCAGCUCCGGCACCGCUGGGAUGAAGAGAAGCGGCACUGCUUUGCCAACAUCUGUGAUGCCCAAAUCCAGUACUCCUACGAAUACCUGGGCAACACGCCGCGGCUCGUCAUCACCCCGCUCACGGACAGAUGCUACAUAACCCUGACCCAGUCCCUGCACCUGAUCAUGGGCGGGGCCCCAGCUGGCCCUGCCGGGACCGGCAAGACAGAGACGACCAAGGAUCUGGGCAGGGCCCUGGGCACCAUGGUGUACGUCUUCAACUGCUCAGAGCAAAUGGACUACAAGUCCUGUGGAAACAUCUACAAGGGCCUAGCUCAGACUGGAGCGUGGGGCUGCUUCGAUGAAUUUAACCGAAUCUCGGUGGAGGUCUUGUCCGUGAUCGCUGUGCAGGUAAAAUGUGUCCAAGAUGCAAUUCGGGCCAAGAAAAAAACAUUCAAUUUCCUGGGAGAGAUGAUAAAUCUCAUCCCCACUGUGGGCCUUUUCAUCACCAUGAACCCCGGGUACGCGGGACGCACUGAGCUGCCUGAGAACUUGAAGGCCCUAUUCAGGCCCUGCGCCAUGGUCGUCCCCGACUUUGAACUGAUAUGUGAGAUCAUGCUGGUGGCCGAGGGCUUUCUGGAAGCCCGCCUGCUGGCCAGGAAGUUCAUCACGCUCUACGCCUUGUGCAAAGAGCUCCUGUCGAAGCAGGAUCAUUAUGACUGGGGCUUGCGAGCCAUCAAGUCUGUGCUGGUGGUGGCCGGCUCCCUGAAGAGGGGGGACCCCAGCCGGGCAGAGGACCAGGUGCUCAUGAGGGCACUGAGAGACUUCAACACCCCCAAAAUCGUGACCGACGACCUGCCUGUGUUCAUGGGGCUGAUCGGGGACCUUUUCCCUGCCCUGGACGUGCCUCGGAAGCGGGACCUGAAUUUUGAAAAGAUCAUCAAGCAGAGCAUCGUGGAGCUCAAGCUGCAGGCGGAAGACAGCUUUGUGCUGAAGGUCGUGCAGCUCGAGGAGCUGCUCCACGUGCGCCACUCGGUGUUUGUCAUUGGGAACGCGGGCAGCGGCAAAUCUCAGGUCCUCAAGUCUCUCAACAAGACCUAUCAGAACAUGAAGAGGAAGCCGGUGGCCGUGGACCUGGACCCCAAGGCUGUCACCUGUGACGAGCUGUUUGGCAUCAUCAACCCAGCCACCAGGGAGUGGAAGGACGGCCUUUUCUCCACCAUAAUGCGGGACCUGGCAAACAUCACUCAUGAUGGCCCCAAGUGGAUUGUCCUAGAUGGGGACAUAGACCCAAUGUGGAUUGAAUCUCUCAACACUGUCAUGGAUGACAACAAGGUCCUCACCCUGGCCAGCAAUGAGCGAAUCCCCCUAAACCGCACCAUGAGGCUAGUGUUUGAGAUCAGCCACCUGCGGACGGCCACCCCGGCCACUGUCUCCAGAGCCGGCAUUCUCUACAUCAACCCCACAGAUCUGGGGUGGAACCCGGUGGUGAGCAGCUGGAUUGAGAGGCGCAAGGUGCAGUCUGAGAAGGCCAACCUGAUGAUUCUCUUCGACAAGUACCUGCCCACGUGCCUGGACAAGCUGCACUUCGGGUUUAAGACGAUCACGCCCAUCCCCGAGAUCACAGUCACCCAGACAAUCCUGCACCUGCUCGAGUGCCUCCUCACGGAGAAGAACGCGCCGCCCGACUCCCCCAAGGAGCUGUACGAGCUCUACUUUGUGUUCGCCUGCUUCUGGGCUUUCGGGGGAGCCAUGUUCCAGGACCAGCUUGUAGAUUAUCGAGUCGAGUUCAGCAAAUGGUGGAUCAACGAAUUUAAAACGAUCAAGCUCCCCUCGCAGGGAACCGUCUUCGACUACUGCAUAGAUCCCGACAGUAAGAAGUUCCUGCCGUGGACAGAGAAAGUGCCUGCCUUUGAGCUGGACCCUGACAUCCCACUGCAGGCCUCGCUGGUGCACACCGCGGAAACCAUCCGCAUCCGUUACUUCAUGGACCUGCUCAUGGAGAAGUCGUGGCCGCUGAUGCUGGUGGGCAACGCGGGCACGGGCAAGUCCGUGCUGAUGGCGGACAAGCUGGGGAGCCUCAGCACCGACGACUACCUGGUGCAGGCUGUGCCCUUCAACUUCUAUACCACCUCAGCCGUGCUGCAGGGGGUUCUUGAGAAGCCAUUGGAGAAGAAAUCCGGGAGGAACUACGGCCCCCCAGGCACCAAGAAGCUGGUGUACUUCAUCGACGACAUGAACAUGCCCGAGGUGGACAAGUAUGGGACGGUGGCCUCCCACACGCUCAUCCGGCAGCACAUGGACCACGGGCACUGGUAUGACAGGCAGAAGCUGACGUUGAAGGACAUCCAUAACUGCCAGUACGUGGCCUGCAUGAACCCUACUUCUGGAUCCUUCACCAUCGAUCCCAGACUCCAGCGCCACUUCUGUGUGUUUGCCGUGAGCUUCCCGGGCCAGGAGGCCCUCCCCACCAUCUACAGCACCAUCCUGGCCCAGCACCUGGCCUUCCGCUCGGUGCCCCCGGCGGUGCAGAGGGUGAGCAGCCAGCUGGUGGCCUCGGCCUUGGCCCUGCAUCAGAAAGUCACUGCAACAUUCCUUCCCACGGCCAUUAAAUUUCACUAUGUCUUCAACCUCAGGGAUCUCUCCAAUAUUUUCCAGGGGCUCUUAUUCUCCACAGGGGAGAUCCUGAGAACACCGCUUGACCUAGUCCGCCUCUGGCUGCACGAGGCUGAGAGAGUGUAUGGAGACAAAAUGGUUGACGAGAAAGACCAGGAAACAUUGCGCAGGGUCACCAUCGCUUCCACCAAGAAAUUCUUUGAUGACCUUGGUGAUGAGCUCCUAUUUGCCAAACCAAAUCUCUUCUGCCACUUUUCUCACGGGAUCGGCGAACCCAAAUACCUCCCGGUAACCAACGUGGCUCAUCUGAACAAGCUCCUCGUGGACGUCCUAGACAGCUACAACGAAGUCAACGCGGUCAUGAACUUGGUGCUGUUUGAAGACGCGGUGGCUCACAUCUGCCGGAUCAACCGCAUCCUGGAGCUGCCCCGUGGGAAUGCGCUGCUCGUGGGCGUGGGCGGCAGCGGCAAGCAGAGCCUCUCACGCCUGGCCGCCUACAUCAGCGCGCUGGACGUGUUCCAGAUCGCCCUCAAGAAGGGCUACGGGAUCCCUGACCUCAAGGUUGACCUGAGCGCGCAGUACAUAAAGUCGGCAGUGAAGAACGUCCCGUCGGUGUUCCUGAUGACGGACUCCCAGGUGGCCGAGGAGCAGUUUCUGGUGCUGAUCAAUGACCUGCUGGCCUCGGGCGAGAUCCCAGGGCUGUUCACGGACGACGAGGUGGAGAACAUCAUCUCCUCCAUGCGACCACAAGUGAAGUCCCUUGGCAUGACUGACACUCGGGAGGCGUGCUGGAAAUUCUUCAUUGAGAAAGUGCGCAGGCAGCUGAAGGUGAUCCUGUGUUUCUCUCCCGUGGGCUCCAUCCUGCGCGUGCGGGCAAGGAAAUUCCCUGCCGUCGUCAACUGCACAGCCAUCAACUGGUUCCACGAGUGGCCAGAAGACGCCCUGGUGUCCGUGAGCGCGCGCUUCCUCGAGGAAACCGAGGGCAUUCAGCCAGAAGUCAAGGCCUCCAUCAGCCUCUUCAUGUCCCAUGUGCACACAACGGUCAACGAGAUGUCCAAGUUGUACUUGGCCACGGAGAGGCGUUACAACUACACCACACCCAAAACCUUCCUGGAGCAGAUCAAACUUUACCAGAACCUGUUGGCCAGGAAGAGGAUGGAGCUGGGGGCCAAGAUCACGAGGCUGGAGAACGGUCUGAUGAAGCUGCAGAGCACGGCAUCCCAGGUGGAUAAUUUAAAAGCCACACUGGCAAAUCAGGAAGCCGAACUCAAACAGAAAAAUGAGAAUGCGGACAAGCUGAUCCACGUGGUGGGCGUGGAAACCGAGAAGGUCAGCAAAGAGAAAGCCAUCGCCGACGAGGAAGAGGCCAAGGUGGAGAUCAUCAACGAGAAUGUCACAGAGAAACAAAAGGCUUGUGAAAUGGACCUGGCCAAGGCAGAGCCCGCCCUCCUGGCUGCGCAGGAAGCUCUCGACACUCUGAAUAAGAACAACCUUACAGAGCUGAAGUCCUUCGGGUCCCCCCCGGACGCCGUGGUCAACGUCACGGCCGCCGUCAUGAUCCUGACUGCGCCCGGGGGCAAGAUCCCCAAGGAUAAGAGCUGGAAAGCUGCGAAAAUCAUGAUGGGAAAAGUGGACACCUUCCUGGACUCCUUGAAAAAGUUUGACAAGGAGCACAUCCCGGAGGCCUGCCUGAAGGCAUUUAAGCCCUACCAGGGCAACCCGACCUUCGACCCCGAGUUCAUCCGCUCCAAGUCCACGGCGGCCGCGGGCCUGUGCUCCUGGUGCAUCAACAUCGUCCGCUUCUACGAGGUCUACUGUGACGUGGCCCCCAAGAGGCAGGCCCUGGAGGAGGCGAAUGCGGAGCUGGCGGAGGCGCAGGAGAAGCUCUCGCGGAUCAAAAACAAGAUUGCGGAACUCAACGCCAACCUGAGCAACCUCACGUCGGCUUUUGAAAAGGCAACAGCGGAGAAGAUCAAGUGCCAACAAGAGGCCGACGCCACCAACAGGGUGAUCUCGCUGGCCAACAGGCUGGUAGGGGGAUUAGCGUCGGAGAACGUGCGCUGGGCUGAAUCGGUGAAGAACUUCAAAAGCCAGGGGGUCACUCUGUGCGGGGACGUCCUGCUGAUUUCCGCCUUUGUCUCCUACGUGGGUUACUUCACCAAGAAAUACCGAAAUGAGCUGAUGGAGAAGUUUUGGGUCCCGUAUAUAAAUCAGUUAAAGGUCCCCAUCCCGAUCACGCAAGGUCUGGACCCCUUGAGCCUGCUGACGGAUGACGCCGACGUGGCCACUUGGAACAACCAGGGCCUCCCCAGCGACCGCAUGUCCACUGAGAAUGCCACCAUCCUGUGCAACACGGAGCGCUGGCCCCUCAUCGUGGACGCCCAGCUGCAGGGAAUCAAGUGGAUCAAAAACAAAUAUGGCAGCAAACUAAAAGCCAUCCGCCUGGGACAGAAGAGCUACCUGGACAUCAUCGAGCAGGCAAUUUCCGAAGGGGACAUCUUGCUCAUCGAGAACAUUGGCGAAACUGUGGACCCUGUGCUGGACCCGCUGCUCGGCAGGAACACCAUUAAAAAGGGAAAGUUCAUCAAGAUCGGCGACAAGGAGGUGGAGUACCACCCCAAGUUCCGCCUCAUCCUGCACACCAAGUACUUCAACCCACACUACAAGCCGGAGAUGCAAGCCCAAUGCACCCUGAUCAACUUCCUGGUCACCAGGGACGGGCUCGAGGACCAACUCUUGGCUGCUGUGGUGGCCAAAGAGCGCCCGGAUCUGGAGCAGCUGAAGGCGAACCUCACCAAGUCCCAGAAUGAAUUCAAGAUUGUUCUGAAGGAGCUGGAGGACUCCCUGCUGGCCCGGCUGUCCGCCGCGUCAGGGAACUUCCUGGGGGACACGGCCUUAGUAGAGAAUCUGGAGACCACCAAGCACACGGCCAGCGAGAUCGAGGAGAAGGUGAAAGAAGCAAAAAUCACAGAGGUUAAAAUCAAUGAAGCCAGAGAGAACUACCGGCCGGCCGCAGAGAGGGCGUCCCUGCUUUACUUCAUACUGAACGACCUCAACAAGAUCAAUCCCAUCUAUCAGUUCUCACUCAAGGCCUUCAAUGUGGUGUUCGAGAAGGCCAUCCAGAAGACCGCCCCCGCCGAGGACGUCAGGCAGCGAGUGAUCAACCUGACGGACGAGAUCACCUACUCCGUCUACGUGUACACGGCCCGCGGGCUCUUCGAACGGGACAAGCUCAUCUUCUUGGCUCAGGUGGCCUUCCAGGUCUUGUCCAUGAAGAAAGAGCUGAACCCGGUCGAGCUGGACUUCCUCCUGCGCUUCCCCUUCAAGGCGGGGGUCCUGUCGCCGGUGGACUUCCUGCAGCACCAGGGAUGGGGCGGCAUCAAGGUUGGUGUUGGGACUCCGUCCUGCAGCGGAGGCUCGCUGCUCACGCCGGGGAUGUUUACAACGCGCUACCACCGGCUGGACGUCCAGGGACCCGGGGAGGCCCCCGAGUGUCCAGGAAAGCAGGUGUACCUCCCUAAUUCUGUAUGGGCCGUGCAGCUUGAAAGCAAGGAGACCCGGAUCCACAACACCCCGGGGCUCACGGGCAGCGGCCGGAGCUGGCCCCAGCUCUCCUCUGCCAAGGACACGGUGCCCAGAGUGGGAACCAGGAAUUUCGUGGAGGAGAAGAUGGGCAGCAAGUUCGUGGAGGGCCGGAGCGUCGAGUUUUCCAAGUCCUACGAGGAGAGCAACCCCUCUACUCCGAUUUUCUUCAUCCUCUCCCCGGGCGUUGACCCCCUCAAAGACGUGGAAGCCCUGGGGAAGAAGCUGGGAUUUACCAUAGACAAUGGGAAACUGCAUAACGUGUCCCUGGGGCAGGGGCAGGAGGUGGUGGCCGAGGACGCUCUGGACGUGGCUGCAGAGAUGGGACACUGGGUCAUUCUGCAGAACAUCCACCUCGUGGCGCGGUGGCUGAGCACCCUGGACAAGAAGGUGGAGCGUUAUAGCACAGGCAGCCACGAGGACUACCGCGUGUUCAUCAGCGCCGAGCCUGCCCCCAGCCCCGAGUCCCACAUCAUCCCCCAGGGCAUCCUGGAAAAUGCCAUCAAAAUCACCAACGAGCCGCCCACGGGCAUGCACGCCAACCUGCACAAGGCUCUGGACCUCUUCACCCAGGACACCCUGGAGAUGUGCACCAAGGAGGUGGAGUUCAAGUGCGUCCUCUUUGCCCUGUGUUACUUCCACGCCGUGGUGGCCGAGCGGCGCAAGUUCGGGGCCCAGGGCUGGAACAGGUCGUACCCCUUCAACAACGGGGACCUCACCAUCUCCAUCAACGUGCUCUACAACUACCUGGAGGCCAACACCAAGGUGCCCUGGGAUGACCUCCGCUACCUGUUUGGAGAAAUCAUGUACGGUGGCCACAUCACAGACGACUGGGACCGGCGGCUGUGCAGGACGUACCUGGCAGAGUACGUGCGGGCGGAGAUGCUGGAGGGCGAGGUCCUGCUGGCGCCGGGCUUUCAGAUCCCCCCCAACCUGGAUUACAAGGGCUACCAUGAGUACAUCGAUGAGAACCUGCCCCCCGAAAGUCCCUACCUGUAUGGCCUGCACCCCAACGCAGAGAUCGGCUUCUUGACAGUCACGUCAGAGAAACUGUUCCGCACCGUCCUGGAAAUGCAGCCCAAAGAGACCGACUCAGGAGCAGGCACUGGAGUUUCUCGCGAGGAAAAGGUGAAAGCUGUGCUGGAGGAGAUCCUGGAGAAGGUCCCGGAGAUGUUCAACAUGGCCGAGAUCAUGGCCAAGGCGGCCGAGAAGACCCCGUACGUGGUGGUCGCCUUCCAGGAAUGCGAGAGAAUGAACAUUCUCACCAACGAGAUGCGCCGCUCGCUGAAGGAGCUGAGCCUGGGGCUGAAGGGGGAACUGACCAUCACGACCGACAUGGAAGACCUGUCCACGGCGCUGUUCUAUGACACCGUGCCCGACCCAUGGGUGGCCCGGGCCUACCCCUCCAUGAUGGGCCUGGCGGCCUGGUACACCGACCUGCUGCUCCGUAUCAGGGAGCUCGAGGCCUGGACCACGGACUUCGCCCUGCCCACCACCGUGUGGCUGGCCGGCUUCUUCAACCCCCAGUCCUUCCUCACGGCCAUCAUGCAGUCCAUGGCCAGGAAGAACGAGUGGCCGCUAGACAAGAUGUGCCUGUCCGUGGAAGUGACCAAGAAGAACCGGGAGGACAUGACAGCACCACCCAGAGAGGGCUCCUACGUGUACGGGCUCUUCAUGGAAGGAGCUCGCUGGGACACCCAGACCGGAGUCAUCGCCGAAGCCAGGCUGAAGGAGCUGACGCCAGCCAUGCCCGUCAUCUUCAUCAAGGCCAUUCCUGCGGACCGCAUGGAGACCAAGAACAUCUAUGAGUGUCCUGUGUACAAAACCCGCAUCCGCGGCCCCACCUACGUCUGGACCUUUAAUCUCAAGACCAAAGAGAAGGCGGCCAAGUGGAUCCUGGCAGCCGUGGCCCUGCUCUUACAAGUCUAGUGCGGAGGGCGCCGGGUCCCCAGGCCAGGUCCGGACCGCACCUGCGGGCUGGCAGGGAGAAGCUCAGCCUUGCAACUUUUAUUUUUAUAAGAACUGAUAGUGGCUUUUGCUCCCCUACGCCCCCCAGGCCCUUUAGAAGCACGUCAAGGUGGAGGGGCCGGGGGUGGGGGCGGCA